AUGGCCUCAUGGUCACCCAAGUUACCCUCCCACACACAGGAACUUCUUCCCUCCUUGUCCAACACUGGCGCAGUUCUCUCUUUUCAUAACCACGAAUCUGGUAAUUUCCCCCCUGAAGCCAUGCUUCAAAACCUCACGGGAUAUGUCACCAAGGACGAUGACUAUCCUGCUGCUCAUGGCGGGUUCGGGGAGAUUUGGAAAUGUACCUAUCUCAACGAUCGAAGACCGAUCAAGGUCGCAGUGAAAACAUUGCAGGUGUAUACUACCGAUCAAGCUGGUGAAGCAAAGAAAAAAAAGAACAACAGGAUAAAGCGCGAACUCAGAAUAUGUGCCAAACUCAAGCAUGCAAAUGUUCUGCCCGUUUAUGGUUAUACAGCUAGCUUUGGCCCAUUUAUAGCGAUAGUGAGUCCUUGGGCGGAGAAUGGUAACUUGACAGCCUAUCUGGAGCGUGAGGGUGCAGCUCUUACUCUUCUCAGAGAUAUCAUAGCUGGUCUGCAAUAUCUUCAUGCCAACAAUGUCAUCCAUGGUGACUUCAAUGGGCCUAAUGUGCUCAUCAAUGGCGAUGGUACUGCUUGCAUCGCUGACUUUGGUCUUUCUUUGAUGUAUUCGGAGGUUAUAAGCGCCUCUCAGGCUUCCUGGACUUCGAAUCUCAAAGGAAAUGUGCGAUGGAUGGCUCCCGAGUUACUUGUACUGGAGCGGGAGGAUGGAUCUCCAGCACGGCCAAGCGAGCAGAGUGACAUCUUUUCUUUCGGCGGUAUCAUGCUGCAGGUUCUCACGAACAAGAUUCCCUAUUAUUAUCUCCUGAAUGAUGCCGCUAUCAUCUUGGCUAUGCAUAAGUCGCAAAAGCCUUCCCGAUCUCGUUAUCCUGUGCUCCUUGAAAAGCAUUGGCAGUUCAUCGAGCAAUGUUGGUCAACUGAUCCGGGGGACCGUCCAUCGACGGAGAGAGCUGACGACGUGAUCAGGAAUGAAUUUUAUUCGCUGUCCAGAUCUCGUUGA